AUGGCCAAGUUGCCAUUGCUGGCAGCUUACCCUCCGGCCGCAUGGCGUCACAAGCUUUCGUCAACAGAAUGGGAAUCGUUACAGAAUGCCUGGGCAACAUUAUUACAAGCCCAUAUCAGCUCCCCGGCCGCUGAAUUGACCAGGAGUAUCUCUGAAGAAGACUCAUCGCUCACGCGCUUCCUAACCACUUUUGCGCGAGAAGCAGCCUCACAAGAUGCAUCUCAUCCGCCAUCACCAGCCCUGCUCAAAGCCGUCUUACAAUUAACAGCCAAGUCCUUGACGGUAAAACUGGCUUCCGACUUGGAAACGUUUGACCAUCUCGCCAACCUGGCCAAGAUUUACCCCAAGAAGCUCGCGGCGCCGGUGCUCUCACAAGCGUUCACGUCACCGCACGCGGCUGCCAUUGAGUCGUCGCUGACGACGCUGAAAAAGUCUCUCAUUGUCGAGUUGGACGCUGGAAUUCGCGGCGACCUUCGACUUGCUGAGGCGAGCCUAGUCCGGCUCAACCCGCUGCUGCACGCCUCCCCCGACGCGUGCGUGCUGUUCCUCGCCGGCGACGACUUCCUCGACGGCCUGGUCGCCGGCUACCGGGUUACGAACCCGCCGCUGCGCAAGGCCAUCCUCGCAACGCUGUAUCUGUGCCUUUCUGGCCUCGUCGAGACGCGGCCCGCCAAAUGGUCUAUGCUGAGCGACGCGCUGUUCGCGCUCGCCGCCGCGGCCGAGCAGCACAAGAAGGGACCGCUCAACGUGAACGACUCGUUGGUGCCGGAGCUGGUCACGGCGACGCCGCUGCUCAGGGUGCUUCUGACAAGGGCGGAGGCAGAAGGCGCGGCGACGCCCAACUUCAAGAAGCGCGUUGCGGCGCUGGAGGUGUUCAGGAAGGGCGCCAUGGUGCGGCCGAAGAGGCUGAUACGACGCAGGGUGGACAAGGGCAAGAGCAAGCAGACGAGUCACGAUGUCGAUGCCGAGGUGCAUGUGCAUCGCAUGAGCCAGAUUACGCAAGUGCAGGACUUGUUCCCAGACCUGGGAGCCGGAUUCGUCGCCAAGUGCCUAGACGAGUAUGACGAAGAUGUCGAGCAGGUGGUUGCCAACAUCCUCAGCGAGUCAUUACCACCACACCUAGCUACCGCCGAUCGUAGCGCGCAACUAUCCUCAUCUCACCAGCAACCACCGUCCGACAUGGCACCGCACGCCACGCCACCACAGCUCCCAACGCGCCGCAACAUCUACGACGACGACGAGCUGGACCGCCUCGCCAUCGACACCGCCAAGCUGUCCUUUGGCAAGCGGCCCGAGCGGACCGCCGACCAGCUGCUGCGGGACCGCUCCUCCGCGCCCGGUAAGGCCGCCAUCCUCUCCGCUCUCGCCGCCUUCGACUCGGACGACGACGAGCGCGACGACACGUACGAUGCCGGCGACGUGGGUGGCACCGUCGACGCCUCGGGGGCGGCGGGCCAGGAGGCCGACGCCGCCCGCGACGCCAACGAGGAGGCGCUGUUCCGCGCGUUCCGGGCGGACGCCCGCGUCUUCGACCGCGACGCCACGACGCGCCGGUCCGCCGCGCGCGCGAAGCUCCGCGACGACACGGGAAUGGCCGACGAGGCGCUCGAGGGCUGGGCGCUCAUGCUCGCGCGCAACGCGGGCCAGCUGCGCCGCCUUGAGGCCAAGUACAGCGCCUUUAGCGGGCAGCAGCGCGAGCUUGCCCGCACGGCGUGGACGGCGGAGGAAGGCGAGGCUGGAGACGGUGCGGUGCCGAGCAGAGGCGGGCGUGGACGCGGCGGCGGCGGACGUGGUAGAGGUGGUGGAGGAGGAGGAGGAGGAGGAGGAGGGAGAGGGAGAGGUGGUGGAAACGUGGCGGGACCGACGGGGGACAAGGGCACGGACAAUGCCCGAAAGAAUAAAGAGGCAAAUAAAGGCUCGCGAGCGAACCAUAACCGCAAGGCCGGCCACGCCAAGAAGAUGGCGCGCGGAGGCUUCGCUGGGUAA